AAGUAUUUUCAAAAUUUCAAAAUAGCAUCAACAAGAGAGCACAACAGGCAAGAGGAUGCAGGAACCAGAUAAAAAAUAACCGAACCGAGUAUCAAUAACACAGUGACUGCAUUGUCAAACAGUACGGUUUCAGUAGGGUUGCUCGUGAAACGAUCACCAAUAGACUUCAUCGACAGGAGUAGUAGCAUUGCAUCGGUUCAUCCGCCAUUCGUUGUAUACCACACUAGGCAAGUACUGCGCAAUCCAAACGAAACCAAUCUGUACCGAGCCAUGAUGCGCACACGAAAACGAGACGACGAUUCCCAGUACAACAACUCCAUUACGAGCGACGGGACGUCACUGGCGUUCGAUGCCUCCAGCAUGUCCGUGGCCGGUUCGCGAUCCUCCCUUACCUUUGCGUCUUCCUCGAGGAGGCAGCACAAUCGUCCCCGCAAGCGACGGCGGAAAACCCUCUCCGACGCUCUCCAGUCCAUCAGCCUGGACCAGGACGUUCCACAGCAGAUCCUCAACAUGAGAGACCACGAUCAGAGCGGCAGCAAAAACUUUCCCCUUCGCAAGAGUGCUGCCUCUACCAAAAACAAUUGCAGCAGCAACAGCAACAUGACCGACAAUGCUUCGUGGAUGACUCACGACCAACAUCACAACAAUCUGAAUGCUCGACAGCGGUUGGACCGGCAGCUGGACCAUCAGCAAGAAAACGAACUAGACGGGGAUAUUUACUACGACGACGACGACAACUCACAGCUGACGUCUUCGAGCGAGGAGGACGCAGGGGAUCACCGCAUCGUGAUGGACGAAGACGACGAGGACGAUGAAGACGACGACGAUGACGACAGCCGGCGCAAAAAGGAGCGCACUAUGACCGAACUCGAAAAAGCCCAGAGGAAAGUCAUGUUCGAGCUGGUCUUUGGGAGAAACCACCGGGAGGCGAGGAAGGCCACAGAGAAGAACCUGGAAGCUUCGCGGGUCGCAACUCCACCACCCCUCCCCAUACGGAUCCAUCCGUCGGAGGACUCCGUCUCCGUGCUGUCUCCACCGCMACUGGCCACCGUAUCGACGACUUCGAGAAGAGUCUCUCGGUCUUUAGGCAAUCGAGCGGCUGCGACCCUCCCCCGAUCGACGAGCGACGGGGAUAGCGACUAUGGCGACUCUUACAAGGAUCCCGCCGAUCGCAAGCUCGAGCAACUCCUGCGGCGGUCCCUCAAGAACAUACAAAAGGGAACGCACCCGCUUGCGCUUCCCACGCUCGACGCCGAGGAUGGCAGCAAUUUGGAAUCCUUGCCUCCGUUGAAGACGCAGGACGACAUGGCGAUCGAUCACGAGAUUUAUUCGCGGCGGACGGCAGCAGCGGAAAUUUUCGCCCAGGCAACCACCGCCGGAGCUUCGGUACCGACGGCGCCGGUGGCGAGCCCGAUGGGUCCUCUUCCGGUAGCUUCUAAUAGCACCGCACCCGGCGUUUCCGCGCCUCCGGCACCACCCAACCACAACGCCGAUGGAAUGCGAUGGGAACAGAGCCUAUUUCCACGCAAACGGAGCAAUUCGCUCCCCGGUGACUUGGACUUGGGCUGCAGCGCGAUCGGAACCACCGAUAUGGAAACGGACCAUUGAAAGAAGGAACGAAGGAGCCAAUCAACCAAUGAAGGAACGAACAAAACACCAAAACGAAAAUCGCAGUACAAAACCAUAACGCAUCACGGGAACAAUCGGGAACGUGCCGCACUUCCUGUUUUGGUCGAAUGCGGAUUCUUUGCUAGUCUCAUAUGGUUAAUGCGUUGGGUCUUGUCUCGGAAUGGGAAUGGGAACUCAUUUUUUAAUGACAAACACGAAAACACAGAAUCCGCAGUCGUACCACUUCACUGAGGCGUUGCAGUGCAAACGAAACAAGACCAACAACACUGGGUUUCUGCAGGUAACACUUCUCCUCCACAGAACGAACAUGAUUCAUCCCUUCGAAUCAAUAGUGAUUCGACGCGACUGGAAUGGUGUGCAGACUUCAUCCCUGAAAGUUUUAGGAGGGGUGCCGAGCCGAAGUUAUGAACUACAACUAGUAAUCAUAUGACAAAAUAUACAGUGUAGGGAAGA